AUGUCGACACCUGAGCAGCUACUUGCCCAAUAUGAGGGGCAAAUAGUUCCACGCUCUUUCAACGCUGGCUUUGUGGCACUGAGUUACGUGGUCUCCUUCAUAGGUGCCGCCUCAACACUCGAGUUGAUUAACCGUAGAACGUCUCGAAAUGGACUGGUCAAUCACUUGGUUUUAUUGAGCGCCUCUAUUACGAUGGGAGGCAUCGCGAUUUGGUGCAUGCACUUCAUUGGCAACCGAGCCAUCGAUCUUGCAGAGGGCGAGCCGGCGCUGCAGAUUGUCUACUCUAGUGGUUUUACAGCCCUCUCGUUUUUCCUGCCGAUUCUCGUCCUUCUCAUGGCGUUCCUUGCAGUGGGAACGGACAAGGUCUCGUGGUGGCGUAUCGUCGUCGGCGGCGCUCUAGCCGGAGGCGCCAUAUGCGGAAUGCAUUAUGUCGGGAAUGCGUCCAUCAACAAUUACACUUGCCUAUACAGCACCGUCAAUGUUGUCGGGGCAGCUCUGAUUGCCGUGGCGGCCAGUAUCGUAUCGCUUGCCCUAUUUUUCGCAUUCAGACAAGCAUGGACGACUUCGCGGUGGAAGCGUGGAAUGUGCGCCAUCGUCUUGGCCGGGGCCGUUUCUGGUAUGCACUGGUGUGCUUCUACGGGCACACAAUAUCGCCUCAUCCAUCUGAACUCUGGAGGUAACCAGCUGUCGAGAAACAUUACUGUCAUUGUGGUUAUAUGCCUGUCUGUCGGUGCCGCCAUCAUCAUGGCCAGUACCGCGAUAUACACGACCCAUGUGAUGCGCAACUCUGCCAGCAAGGCUCAGCAGGUCUUGUUAGCUGCCGCCGUUUUCGAUUCCACUGGGCGUAUCCUUGUCACUCCCGACGGAUUGCUACCCAGUGAAAGCAUCACCGAAACAUACCUCGAGAAGACGCCCAGCGACCACUUCAGCAUCGCACACCCACUUUUCCACUGGAUGUUCCGUACCUCGAGGAACUGGAGCGGAAUGAGCGACGUGAUCAAGAGCAUGAGUGCUCAUAUUAGUAAUCUGCGCAAAGGGCGGCGUGAUGGCAAGGUGCGCCUCAUUGAUGACAAUGGUCAGCUCGUCGCAAACUACGACAUCAUCUUUCGUGAGCUCUUUUGUGUUGCAGCGUCGAAUCUGGCAGACAGGAUGAAGGAGCACAUCAGUAAUGUCGGCAUACUCUGGGACGAGAUCCUUCCCACUGGGACGGGUGUACCGAGACGGCAAUUGCGCCAACCUGACGAUGAGGCCCAGAAUAGCCACAAUGGGCGCGGGCCUUCGCUGGACGCCGACAUUCUCGUGGAGAAAGGCGAGGGGUGGAGAUCAAGACAGCAAGAAUAUGGUCGCGGAUCCCUCAUGUUUCUGGUCCGCCGGCUCGAUAACUCACGAGCAGUCGAGGACCUCCAGGCUGCCAACUUCAGAUUUGCAGAGAUCAAUCAGGUCUCCGGCAUCAUUGGCAGUAGCAUGCAAAUCAAGACACGCAAUCUCAGCGAGAAGCUCAGGAAUAUGGCGACAUAUGCCGAAGAGAGCACCAUGAUGGAAGCUGGCGUACAUCUAUGCCUCUUCGGCCUGCGGGCACGCGUAGGCGGCCACGGGUUCGACGUUUUGGUUCAACGAGGAGCUCGCAACCUGCUUCCAUCCAUGCCGCUACCGUUGGACCACCUCGAGACAUGGCAGGUGGAAUUUAUCCGACAGGUGAACCGGCUGAGCGUGCCACUGCUUUGUCAAAAGCUCGACGCCAUGAGGCAGCUAUCGCCUCGGCAGAUGCUCUUCGCCUCACAACUCUAUGACACGCUGACAGCGCUGCGAGCCUGGGUGGAUGAUGCAAUAUUCGAUGAAGCCAUACUCACAUCCAAGUUGGUCAAGGUGCCUUGUCGGGCAGCGUCAGGCUCGGCUUCUGGAUCAACAUGCACGCUUGUUGCCUUGAGUGUGGUGAUUCCAAUCCACGUCAACCUGCAAAGCCCAAAGUGCGAGUUUGUGCCCUUGUCCUUUUUCAAGGCGCACCAGUUGGUGUAUAGGGACUCACCACAUCAUGCUGCCUUUUCACAAUCGGUACACCGGGACAUUAGCCCGAUUCUAAACGCCAUUCCACCACCAGCUGUCAGGGACACUGCCCACAACAGGCUGCCGUCGCUUCUUGGCUUCAGGAAGACCAAACCGUCGAAAAAGAGACCGGCAUGUGCCGUCGACGCGGAUGGCAAUCCCAUCCCUACAGAUAUCGGAGCCAAGACCAACAAUGGAUCUGUCCACUCGGGCUCGAUGAGCAAGCUCUGGGAGGGUCCUAGCAGCGAUAUGCCGAGCGAACCCCAUGCGUCGUCGACUCGGGCAGCACUACAGCGCGCAGAGGCAGCCCCUCCAGUCAACAGCAGCUUUGGAGGCAUCAUGAUUUCUCAAGAGAUCAGCGUGGACGUCCGGGAAGCAAAUGAAGAGGCCAGCGAUGAGGCAAGCCGCUACACAAUGCCAAUGCGCGGUCAGCAGACCAAGUCCAACGAGCGGCCAGGGCCAAAAUCGGGAGAGGGCAGCGGCGAAGUGCUGACAAUUGUGAGCUCUGGGCACAAGAAGGCGGGCGCGACUAGCAGGUCGGAUAUCGAAAUGAAAUCCAUGUCGGAGCCCCGGGAAGACAUUCACAGCGGGGCGACGGCGACGGCUCGGUCCGCCAUGGUCGAAAGCGGAAGGGCCGGAGAACCGGCCACGUUUGUGGACGAGCUGUUUGCAGUUUGCAUGGACGGACGGUAG